AUUUUCUUUUAAUUCGAUUUUAAAAACUUUUAAGGAAAAUUUUAACAAUAGUUUUUUAUUAUCGUUCGGAUAAAGCUGCUUAGAGGAAUUGCAAGGAUUUUGUAAGGAUGAUAAAGGCUAGGAUUUGCGCCAACAUAAGUAUUUUUCUAUAAAAAUCAAAGUUUAUAGAUGCAGCAACUGCGAACAAUUUUCGAUGAAAAAGACAAGAUGGAAGCGAAAAGUGCUUCUGCGUCGGGUAGUUUGAAUAAGGCUGUAACCAACAAGGCUUUCGUAAACUUCAUGAGAAGCUACAGUCAACAAAAUUAUGGUCUGGACGUUGUUGCCAUAUCUGUGCAAGGCAGCAAGGCUUGGAAUAAGCUCACAUACAAGCAAAAGGAUAAAUAUCGUACACUAGACGUGGCACGAAACGCCAUGUCAGAAAUGCACACCGACGCCUGCUGUCCAAGGCGGCCCAAGCGCAAACCUUGCUGUCCAAAGCGGAGCAAGCGAAAACCUUGCUGUCCGCCGCCAAAGCCCAGAUGUCCGGUGCGCAGGCGUAGACCCUGUUGCCGACCUAAAUGCUUCAAGCCGAAGCCCAGAUGCCCCAAGCGUGCGAAGCCCUGUGCCAGGCGUUCGAAUCCCUGUGCCAAGCGUAGAUGCCAAAAGCCGGUUGUAACUCCGUUAACAAAUAGUGGUUACUUGAACUUCAUGAACCUCUUUCGACGCAAAUACGAUCAUCUAGAACCCAACGAGUUAGUUGUUAGAGGAGCCAGAGCUUGGUGUAGGAUGCCUGAGUACAAAAAGGAUCGAUUCCGCCGUCAACGCCGUCUUGCGUCAACUUCGUAAGCUUCAGCCUUGGACUUGCCCGAAAACCAGCGACAACCGCCAGGCUACAGGCACUAUAACGCGCCCAGUCAAAACGCCAAAUAUUCGAUGACAUCUGCAUUGCUUGGGAUAGUCUAUUAAUUCUAAAUUUUAUGUUCAAUUUUAACUUUGUGCUGUAUUAAAAU